AUGCAGUUGUCGUGGAAGGAUAUACCGCCGGUACCAACAUCUAACGAUAUGUUGGAUAUAAUAUUGAACCGUACCCAAAGAAAAACACCCACGGUCAUUAGACCAGGGUUCAAAAUCACUCGUAUUCGUGCUUUUUACAUGAGAAAAGUCAAAUUCACUGCAGAAGGUUUUGUUGAAAAGUUCAACGAUUUAUUAAGUGGCUUCCCCAAUAUUAAUGAUGUACACCCUUUUCAUCGUGAUUUGAUGGAUACAUUGUAUGAAAAAAAUCAUUAUAAAGUUUCAUUAGCAGCAGUGUCCAAGGCCAAAACUUUAAUUGAACAAGUGAGCAGAGAUUAUGUUCGUCUUUUGAAAUUUGGCCAGUCAUUGUAUCAGUGUAAACAGUUGAAGAGAGCAGCUUUGGGUCGUAUGGCCACUAUAACUAAAAAAUUGAAGGACCCAUUUAUUUAUUUGGAACAAGUGAGACAGCAUUUGGGCAGAUUGCCUAGUAUUGACCCAAACACUCGUACAUUAUUGAUUUGUGGUUAUCCAAAUGUUGGAAAAUCAUCAUUUUUGAGAUGUAUAACCAAGGCAGAUGUUGAAGUGCAGCCAUACGCAUUUACUACAAAAUCAUUGUAUGUCGGCCAUUUUGAUUACAAAUAUCUCAGAUUCCAAGCUAUUGAUACUCCCGGUAUCUUGGACCGUCCAACCGAAGAAAUGAACAACAUCGAAAUGCAGAGUAUAUAUGCUAUUGCACAUUUGAGGUCGUGUGUAUUGUACUUUAUGGAUUUGAGUGAACAGUGUGGAUUUUCUAUUGAAGCACAAGUGAAAUUAUUCCACUCAAUUAAGCCCUUGUUUGCUAAUAAAUCAGUCAUGGUUGUUAUGAACAAGUCUGAUAUUAUCAAAGUUGAAGAUUUAGAUGUUGAAAAGCAAGAAAUGUUGGAUACUUUGAAAACUGUACCUGGUGUUGAAAUCAUGUACACUUCGUGCUAUGAAGAGGAUAAUGUUAUGCAAGUGCGUAACCAUGCUUGUGAGAAGUUGUUGACGGCUAGAAUUGAGCAAAAAUUAAAGGGAACUGCUAGAGUCAAUAACGUAUUGAAUAAAAUUCAUGUUGCUCAACCGCAACAAAGAGACGAUGUCGAGAGGUUGCCAUAUAUACCAGAAGGAGCUAAAGAUGUGCUCAAAUAUGAUCCAAAUGAUCCAAAUAGAAGAAAAUUGGCUAGAGACUAUGAAGCUGAAAACGGUGGUGCUGGUGUCUUUAACAUUAACUUGAAAGACAAGUAUAUUUUGGACGAUGAGGAGUGGAAGCAAGACACCAUGCCUGAGUUAUUGGAUGGUAAAAAUGUUUAUGAUUACUUGGAUCCAGAUAUCGCUGCUAAAUUGCAAGCCUUGGAAGAAGAAGAAGAAAGAUUAGAACAAGAGGGAUUUUAUGAUUCUGAUGACGAUGAUACCAAUGAUGCCAACAUGGACAUGACUGAAGAAGAAAUACAAGACAUCAAAGACAAGGCACAAUGGAUCAGGAAUAAACAAAAGACAAUGAUAAUUGAAGGUAGAAAUAGAAAAUCAUUGAAAAAUAAGGCGAUUAUGCCAAGAGAUCAAGUCAAGAAAUCAUUUGGUGAUUUGGAGGAACACAUGUACAACAUUGGCUAUGAUACUGACAAAUUGCGUGAUACCAUUGGGAAAAAGAGGAAAGCCACUGAUGAAGGUAAAGCAUCAGGUGUCGAUAUAUUAAGACAGAACCAAGGUAUUAAAGCCAGGAAGUUGGCCAAGAAGAAGCAAGCUGCUUCACAAUCUGAUAGAUUGAAUGAUGGUGUUAGUGAUGGAGCAAUGAGAUCACAAGCUGAAAGAUUGGCCAAGAUCCAAAGAAGAGAAAGAAAUAGAAUGGCUAGACAAGGUGAAGGUGAUAGACAUUCAACUGCUGCAUUACCUAAACAUUUGUUUAGUGGUAAGAGGGGUAUUGGAUCCAGUGAUCGUCGUUAA